AUGGCGCAGGUGGCAGAUGAGUCCAAGGCGAUGGCCUCAGAGGUAUUCCUCAGCAAAUACCGCAAGGUGAAAUCUAUUGGAAAAGGUAGCUUUGGUGAGGCAGUGCUAGUGCGGUCGAAAACGGAUGGAAAACGCUACGUAGUGAAGGCGAUUGAAUCGGCGUCAAUGACGGCAAAAGAAAAACGCGACGUACAGAACGAGAUCCGCAUUCUCUCAGCCGUAAACCACCCCAACAUCGUCCGCUACCACGAACACUUUGAGGAUGGAACCCUCAUUUUUAUUAUUAUGGAGUACGCCGAGGGUGGUGACUUGAAUUCGCGUAUCAAAGAAGCGAAGAAGAAUGACCCGCUAAAACCAUUUGAACCAAAGUUGGCGAUGUUUUGGUUCCUGCAAAUAUGUAUGGCGCUGAAGUAUCUGCACGACAACCAUAUUCUGCACCGUGACUUGAAGACGGCCAACAUAUUUUUGACGUCCAGAAAUGUUGUGAAGUUGGGUGACUUUGGAAUUUCAACCGUAUUGCAGAAUACAAUGGCGUGCGCAAAGACGGUGUGCGGCACACCGUACUACUUUUCUCCAGAGUUGUGCCAAAACAGGCCAUAUAACAAUAAAAGCGAUGUAUGGGCGCUGGGUGUUGUCUUCUAUGAGUUACUCACACUCCAACGACCCUUUAAUGCCAAGUCACUAAAAGAACUUUUGAAGAAAAUUCUUGUGGGCCAAUAUGAUCCCAUUCCAUCUACGGUCCCAGGAGAAUUGCGUGGGCUCUGUGCGGCACUGUUGCAGGUAAAUCCUGUUCAACGACCUAGCAUAAACCGAAUUUUAGAGAGUCCCUUUGUACAAGAGUCUCUGAGAGGCUUUAGUGUGGAUCUUGAGAGGCAGGCAGAGAAGGAUCGUGUCGAAUUUGAGCGAAGGCGCCCAGCUGUCCCCAAAAGUGUGCCGAAUCCAACUCCAGAUAGACCGAAAGAAGUGCCAAAGCCACCGCCAAUGAGUGAACGCGAACAGAUGGCUAUGCUGCGUGGAAUGAAUAGGGAGAGUAUGAAGGCAAUGCUUGCAAAGCAAGCGGCCGCGGAUUCAGGUAAUGUUGCAUCCGUGCCACAGGAGCCAGAAGUCGAGGGACAUUCGGACGUGGAUGACGAUGGAGAUUACAUUGAGCAAAAGAAGGCUAUUGUGCAGCAAACGAAAGAAAUUGUUGGCCACACACACUUGGGUGGGCACCCGGAGGAGUUCGGCGACGGACCUUCCACCAGCACCCCCCAGGUCGAUAUGAUUACAAUUUCCAACGGAAAAUCUGUGCCUGCGUCCUCCGUGCGUGGCAUACUGGAGGAGGAGAUGGGCGCCGAACUUCUGAAUAAGGCUGUGGAGCUUUACAAUCAGCGCAUGAUUGCGAGCGGGCUAUCCAAUGCAGAGAUACAGCAAGAGCUAAACGAGUUGGUUGGGCCGAAAUACGCACACCACUCCAACGCUAUUACUAAACUUUGCGUGCACGAAGGAAAAGAGAAGCUUUAG